AUGUUAUCUCUCCGUACCAUCUCGCGUUCUGUCCCGCGCACCUUGUCGCGCUCGCUCGGCCUAUCGCGCGCGGCUCUGCGCCCAGUGUCCAUCCUCCCUAAACCCGCUCUGUACCAGCCAUCGAAGGCGAUCAAGCCUGCCUAUGCUGCUUUCUCCACCUCUGCAAUCGCCAGACAAUCUCCUGCUGAGGGGGACGCCGAGCUGAUCGCCAAGCUUGACAACGAAUUGACGCACGAGAACGAGUCUGGUCUGGAGGACCUUCAGGAUCAGGCGCAGAAUGUCGACUAUGUUCUGCAGACUGGAAAUUGGACGGUCAAGGAUGUUGCCGGAGAGCAGGAAGUGGCCCUCUCCAAGUCUUUUGGCAACGAGAAGAUUCGCGUCACCUUCACCGUCGCCGAUAUCCAGAACCUGAGCGAGCAGGAGGACUUCGAUGACACCGGUCUGGGCGAUGAGAUGGAUUUCCAGGGCCACCAGGCCGUCAACCAGCGUGGAGGCCAGGGCGCCGUUGCCCAGCACCCCGAGGACAGUGUCUCGCCGGCUGACCGCGAGUGGGCUGACCUUGCAGAGCCCGGCUUCCCUGCCCGGGUGAACGUCUCCGUCGAGAAGCCCAACGGUGGUUCUCUGUUGAUCCAGACCCUGGUCCAGGAUGGUGUCUUCCAGAUCGAAGAGGUCUCCUACUUCCAGAACGCCGAUCUCGCCAAUGCCCAGACCGCCGAGAAGGACUGGGCCCGCCAGAGCCUGUACGCCGGCCCUCCUUUCGAGAACCUGGAUGAGGCCCUGCAGGCCAACUUUGAGCGCUUCCUGGAGGAGCGUGGUGUCAACGCCGAGUUGGCCAACAUGAUUCCCGACUACAUCACCGUCAAGGAGCAGAAGGAGUACAUGCGGUGGUUGGAGAAUGUUAAGAACUUCCUUGGUGCGUAA